ACCUGUGAUCGAACCAAGAUGGCGCCCUGCGGUGUCCCCGUUGUCCUGACGUGGGCAUUGCUCCUCCUGCUCCUGUUCUCCAGUAACUCCUUGUGCUCGGGACCGGACACAGAUACAGGACGCGGCAGAGCGGAGCUGCAGCGCUUGCGGAUCUACGCGGUCACCUCGCGCUACGGAGACUGCUGGACGCGCGCGCUGGAGCAGCUGGACACGCGCUGUAGGGACAUGACGUCAGAGAGCCAGAGCCGAAUGGCGCUCAAGUUUACGCACUGUCACCUGCUCAGCUCUGGCCGUGAUUUCCCAGACUGCCCUGAGGGGUCAGAGGUCAGCAGAUGCACAGCCCACAUGGAUGUGGUGGCUUUCAACACAUACACAGAGUUCUUCACCCACACGCACUCUAUGUGCCACUUCCUCCAGUCUGAAGUCUGGCAGAAUAAGGCAGAGAACACUAUGCACAGGUUAACAGAGAGUUCCCUUGGUGUGGCAGAGCAGCUGGAGUCCACCAGACAAAUGGCUGAGGACCUGAUUGAAGCCCAGAGUGUGGCACUCCAGGCUCAACAGGAAAUCCUGACCAAUGGAGAGGAGCUGAGGACUACACUAAAGGACUCUACACAAGGUCUUCGCUCUGUGUUCUUAGAGUUAUCUGCGGUCUCUCAGCAGCAGCAGCUUGCCCUCUCUGAGCUGUUUAAUCGGGUCAGUUUUCUGCAGAAUUUCCUGAUGAUGGAGGCACACAGCAUGAGCUCAUGUCUAUACAACGCUGCGGCGCUGGGGGCCACCUUCCUGCUCACCACCACCUCCCGCACCUCCAGGGCCAGGCUGCUGCUUUCGGCUCUGGUGUGUAUCAACUUUUACCUGGAGAGAAAAAUUUAUCAGUUUGUGACCAGCUCUGAUCUACCAGAACACCAGCACAUGGAGGUGGUGGCUUCCUACAUCAGUGUUCUCCGGUGCUUGGUCCUCUCCUUCUCUGUGUUUGUGUUAAUAUUUGUGAUUCUGACACAUAAGGACCCACUGCAGCAGAGCCUAAUUGUUCUACAGCAGUUGCAGGAGACCCAGCGCAGCCUGCAGGUGGCGCUACAGCACGCAGAGAAUUUGGGAGAGAAGCAGAGGCGAUCAGAGGAACAUAAAUGGGAAGUAAAAACGUCAUCUCAGAAAAGAAAACAGGAGAGAAUUAAACAAGAAGAAAAUGUCUAUAAGUCAUCCAAGAGGAAAAUGGAGGACGAGUGCCCCUCUGAUCAGUCAGACCUAUCUCAGCUCUCACACAUUGACAGCAUCCUGAGCAGCACGGUCUGUUCCUCCGCAGCCAACACCACAGUCCUGGCCUACAACUCCCAGGAUGCAACACUCCAGAACACUGUUACCCACGAUCCCCUGGUCCUGACCACACCUGUGAGUCCUAGCCGACGCUGGAGAAGGUCCUCCACAUCAAGACAGGGUUCUUCUGGAUCUCCUCUGGUCUACAGCAUCAUGGUGGAGGACAAACAGUGCCGCUACAGUUUGAGAAGUCGUCGAUCAGAGACACCCAAAUACUUCGACUGAGUAAAAAGAAGUGCUUUUAAAGUCAUUUUAUAUUACAC